CGGUCAAGUCGGUUCCACACUCUCUCUCUCGCUCGCUCGCUCGCUCUCUCUCUCUCCCCAACAAAACCUUCAAAUUCCCUUUUGCAGUUUUUUAGGGCAGUCGCGAGGUCUCUCUCUCUCUCCGUCUCGCCUGCUUGGAUCAUCCGAUUCCGUUUGUAUUGUUAUCAAGCUCUUCUCGUCUCACACAGUGAUCGGAUCCUUUUCUCUCCGUCUCGGUAAUUCUGUGAUUUUUUUGUUGUUUAAAUCAAGUCCACUUGGAUAGGGAAGCAGGUUUUGCUGUUUGAUUCUUUGUGCCUGGAUCAAUAUCUUCUUCUUAAAAAAAAAAAAUUGGAUUUGGAUUUGGAUUUGGUUUGGAUAGUCUUGAUCGGUUUCAAUGGGGAAGAAGGUGAAAAGUAAAAGGUUGAACGCUCGCGGAUUGCAUCCUCGGGCUCCCAACCCAGGGGCAAGAGGUUCGGGGGAGGAUGUGGAUGGUGAGGAUGCCGUGGCCGGAGGAUUUUGUAGCCAUUACAGUAAAGACAAUGCCCAAUUGAAUCAGGUUCUUCUUGGAAUCUUGUCAUCCGAUGUUGCCCCCACUUGCGAGGGAUGCAGGGACUAUCCUCCUGCUAAAAGAGUCGGGGAUAAGAAGGGUAAGCAAGAGAAAAAGAGGGAAGGAGGAGCAAAGAGCCCCGGCGGGCAUCCUGUUUGGGUAUGUUUGGGUUGCAAUCGCUGCUUCUGCAGGGGAGCAGUGAAUGACUCGGUGCCUUACGGCCAUGCUCGCAGGCAUUGGAAGCAGGUGCACCAUGAUCUCAUGGUGAGAUGUGACAAGCCUGAAAUUGGCUGGUGCUUCUCGUGCAACUCAUCGAUCCAUAUUGAGUUGCCAAACGCUGAUGCAGAGGAGGAGGAGGCUAAAUCAGUUGGAGAUGAUAAGAGGGUUAAAGUUUUAGAGGCUGAGCCUUUUACCAUGAAUGAAGAGAAGGGAUAUGUGAUAAGAGGGUUGUCAAACCUGGGAAACACUUGUUUCUUUAAUUCAGUGAUGCAGAAUCUUCUGGCAAUAGAUUUGCUCAGGCAGUACAUGUUGAACUUGAACAGGCCUAUUGGACCGCUUACUAUGGCGUUGAAGAAGUUAUUCAGUGAAACAAGUACUGGGCCAACUACUAAAGGUGUAUUGAACCCAAAGAAUCUUUUUGGAUGUAUAUGUUCCAAAGCACCUCAGUUCAGAGGUUACCAGCAGCAGGACAGCCAUGAAUUGCUACGUUGCUUGCUUGAUGGGUUGCAUGCUGAAGAGAGCAAUGCUGGAAAAGAGCAGGAUACCGAUGAUCAAGGCUCUCCAAAUUUAGAGAGCACCUUGGUUGAUAACGUAUUUGGUGGCCAGCUAUCUAGUACAGUCCGUUGUGUUGAAUGUGGCCAUUCUUCUACAGUUCAUGAGCUGUUUCUAGAUUUAUCACUGCCAGUGCCUUCAAAGAAGUCAACUUCCAAGAAAGCUCCACCUUCUCCACCUAAAAGGAAGCCACCUCCAAAAGAAAGAAAUAAAAGUAGGAAGUUUCAAGAAAAAGCAAAUGCCAGAGGAUCUGUUGUCUUGCCUCAAUGUGGACCUGAAGAAAGAGUUACUUCCUCAGUGGACUAUUGCGAGUCAUCUGAUCCACCCAAAACAGAAGAAAACAAUAACUGGGGCACUGCUGCACCAAAAACAGAACUAGAUAUUGCUCCAGAAGCUGAGGGUUCAUCAUGGAUGGAUUAUCUUGCAGAACCGACGAUGACAGCAGAUGCUUUAGAUUUUGCUAUUCAAUCUUCUCACCCUCCUAAUACCUCUCAAUUAUUUCAGAAUGAAAACAAAAUUUCUGUUGGAUCAGAAGUGGACAAUUCUCCUACACAACCAAAAGUUUCUUUGGAUUCGAACAUUGAUAAUGUUAGCAGAAAUGAUACUUCUUCUUCAUGCGUACAUGAUCCUGGAGUUAUUUUGCUUCCUUAUAAAGCACUAGAUCACAUCACUGGUGUCAUGUUUGGUUUCAAUUCUUCUCAGAGUCCUGAUAACGAGUCUUCCUCUGGAAAUUUGGCGGAGGAACCAAGUGUCGAGGCAGCUGCCAUUGCUGACUCUGAACAAGUAGAUGUCGAGUUUGAUGGAUUUGGUGAUCUAUUUAAUGAACCAGAGGUUACUUCAGAGCUGAAGGCUGAAACUGGCAUGGUUGAAGAGACGCCUGCGACUCUUUGGACCAAUAACAGUUGUGAGAUUAAUCAGGAAGUGGAUAAUAGUGAAAAUAUUGUUUCAAUUGAAAGUUGUCUAACAUUAUUUACCAACAUGGAGCUUUUGUCCAAUGAACAUGCAUGGUACUGUGAGCACUGUUCGGGAGCCUUGUCAAGUGAUAUGAUUACUGAUGAGACAUGCAAGAGUGAUCCUUUACCAACACUAGGCAACACAAGCAUGAUGAAGCUUCAGGAUGAAGGGGAUGAAUGCACAACUGAAAAAACUUCUCUUGACUUCCAGGUGAGCUACCUCCAUUCAACUGGUCUUAGCAAUUUAGGAAAUAGACGGACAGCAUCAGUCAGUGCAGAGACCGAGUUACUCUCAGAAAAGCCCGAUUCAGAGCAGAAAUCAUAUGUGGGUUGUGAUUUGGAUGAAGCAAAAUUUAAAAAUGAAGCGAUCACUGAUGGUAAUAACAAAGUUUUUCCAGACUAUAUAUCAAUUGGUCAAACAGACAAAUUAAAUGUGAUGGCAGAAGAUCAGGAAUUUACAGAUUCAAGGCCUAAGCAAAUUGAGGGUGACAAAACUGCAAGUGUCAAGGAAGAAGCUCAAUUUAGUGGGCAUGCUCUAGCAGCUACUUUGACUAAUUGUCCACAUGAUAUUGGGGAAAACUUGAUGAAUCCCUGCAGAAAUAACAAACUUGCAAUUAACUUACGGAAAAAGUGUUCAAAUCUUUCAAGCCAAGCUUGUCCAGCCCAAUAUAUAAGGGUCAAAAAAGAGGAACCUGCAAAGAAGAAAUUCAAGAGGGAUGCAACUAAAAGGAUUUUAAUCAGCAAAACACCACCUAUUUUGACUGUACAUUUGAAGAGAUUUAGUCAAGAUGCUCGUGGUCGAUUAAGUAAGUUGAGAGGCCAUGUUCUCUUCCACGAGAUACUUGAUUUGAGGCCUUAUCUAGAUCCAAGGUGCGAGGAAAAUGAAAACUGCAUUUACUCCCUUUUUGGGGUGGUCGUACACUCUGGUGGCAUGGCUGGUGGUCACUAUAUUGCCUACGUGCGAGGUCAAAGGAACAGUGAGAAAGCGAGGAAGGACGUAAAUUCAUCCUCCUGGUUUUACGCCAGCGAUGCUCAUAUCAGGGAGGCUUCUUUUUCUGAAGUCCUUCAGUGUGAAGCCUACAUUCUGUUCUACGAGAAGAUAUAAUCAUCUAUUCAAUACACUCAUGAAAAUCCCUCUAAACAUGUGAAGAACUGGGAACCUCUACACGUGCUUGCCACCGAGAGAGUCCAAUCCAUGGAGAUAGACAGGAAUUCUCAAGUACUGCUGGUCUGCCACCAACCACAUUUGAAACUCAAGUCAAGAUGAAAAUGUGGUGGAUCGGCUUCUUGGUGCCGCAAGAUUUCCGGACAUAUCACAUGAAUGAUUCGAACUUGUUUGAGAGGCUCCGAAGACUCUGCGCCCACAUUUUUGAGAACGCUGUUAAAUCUCAGGGGUAGUAUCCAUCUUCAUACAGGUGAUUUUCCAUCAUGAAAAUUGGAUUGCACAUUUUGAAUACAAAAUUUGCUCUAAACAGUCGAUUCAUGGGUAUAGUCUACAAAACUUGCUGGAGAUGUUUCAUUGAGAGUUGUUUCCAUUGAUCAAUCGCUUAUAUCCCAAUGAAUAGAACUUGUAUCGAUCUAAACGUGUGUUCGUGGUGGAUAACUUAUGUGAAUGCUCUGUUUAUAUUCCUUUCUAAAAUUGCAUUGUAUAUUAUAACUUUCAUUUUCAUUUUCUAAUGAAUUAUAACAGUUUUAUUUUCUUGUGAGAAAA